AUGGGUUUAUGUUCAUCUAAGGAUGCCUCAGAAAAGAAUACACCACAUUCUCAACAAACGACCCAGCUGAAACGACAGGAGCAGAGACUGGCAUUACAACAACAACAACAACAGCAAAAUCAACAAACUUCUCCUCAACAAUUGAGUCAACCCGAAAAUCUGAAUCAUAUAGCACCCAAACAUGAGGCAAUUGGGUCAGGUUCAGAUGUAGAUCACUCUAAUGGGUCUACAUUAUCGACUGGUGAUCCCUUAUCAACUACUACAGCAAAUGGUAACGAUCGACAUCUUCAACAGCAACAGCAACAACAACAACAACAACAGCAACAACAAUAUGUACAAGAACAACAAGUAUCUACUCCAAAAAUAAAUCAAUCAAAAAAGAGCAAUGACGCAACUGUCACCUCUACACUCAAUGGAUCCAGAUCAUCCACCAACCAAAACCCCGUAGACAUUGCCGCGAGACUGAAUACUCUAAAGGAAGUUAAAAUCUUACUUUUGGGCUCGGGCGAAAGUGGUAAAUCAACUGUGGUUAAGCAAAUGAAAAUCUUGCACCAGGAGGGAUUCUCUGUCGAAGAAUUAUACGAAUAUAAGCCCUUUGUAUACAAAAACAUCAUGGAUUGCAUCAAAAACGUUAUCAAUGCAAUCAUUGAAUUACAACCGGAAUUGAUUAAACCAAACGCAAAAAUUGAUGACGUCAACGGCGUAGCCAAUGGCGAAGUGGGGAAUGGUCAUGCAGACGCAGCAGCUAUGACCGGAGCUAGCAAUGGCACAACUACUAUAUCCAAUAAGAUUAACAAUAACAUUGAAAAUACUACGGCAGUACAACCUCACAUGCACGUGCUAGAUUAUGAUGCACUCCAGGAAGUUUUAAAUUAUGAAAUUAUUUUAGACGGAACUAACGAUACUACAUUCGACGCCGAAAUAGCAAGCAAAAUAGAAGCGAUCUACAACCAUCCUGAAGUCAAGGAAUUCAUGAUACACAAACAAGGACAAUUUUACCUCAUUGAUUCUACCGAAUAUUUUCUCACAAAUUUGCAUCGUAUUGUACAACCAGACUAUAUACCGUCAACAACAGAUAUAUUGCAUACGCGUAAAAAGACCUCCGGUAUAUUUGAUUUCAACUUUGAUAUGGGCAACGGUUUAAACAUUCAUUUGUUUGAUGUUGGAGGACAACGGUCUGAACGUAAAAAGUGGAUUCACUGUUUUGACAAUGUUACAUUAAUCAUUUUCUGUGUUGCACUAAGCGAGUACGAUCAGGUUUUGCUUGAGGAAAACAACCAGAAUCGCUUAGAAGAGUCUCUUGCAUUGUUUGACUCUGUAGUCAACUCCAGAUGGUUUGCUAGGACUAGCAUAGUUCUAUUUUUGAAUAAAAUCGAUGUAUUUGCAGAGAAGUUGCAAUAUUCACCGCUUGAAGCCCAUUUCCCAGAUUAUACAGGAGGAAAUAAUAUCAACAAAGCAGCAAAAUACAUCUUGUGGAGGUUUAACCAAGUCAAUCGAUCCGGAUUGAAUAUAUAUCCUCACGUAACGCAGGCUACUGAUACUUCCAACAUCAAAUUAGUCAUGGCUGCUGUGAAGGAGACAAUUAUGGAAAAUUCAUUGAAAGACUCAGGAAUAAUUUAA